UGUCCUGGAAAAAACUGGGAAUUGGACUUGUGGAUAGUGUACUAACUUGGAAUGUAUUUCUCUUAAUUUUUUGAACCAAAGCUUACAGUGAUACAGAGUGGAAACAAAAAUUUUGUCAGGUCAAUCUCUAUUAGCAACACAAUGACAAGUUGUACUGAGUGAAAGGUAAAUAAUGGCAGAAGAAUGGAGCACAACCCCAGAGAUCAUACCUCUCCACACUGUGGAUACAGAAUACAGUGCCGACUCUGUUGAAUGGUGCCCCAUAGAAGACUGUGAGCAUGUAUUAGUGUGUGGAACCUACCAACUGGUAGAUACUGAAAACAAUGACAAAGAAUUAACAACAUGUGCGGAAAGUGACUCUGAUGCCCCUGCAAGAAGUGUGACUGAAAUACCACGUCUUGGAAAACUUCUGCAGUACAGUGUUUUAUAUCAAGAUGGAGACACGGAAUUAAAAGAAGUCAAAAACACCGAAGUUGCUGCCAUACUAGAUAUGAAAUGGAAUCAGUUUAAAGUGCAAGAAAAUAUCAUAUUUGGGGUAGUCAAUGCAUCAGGAGAACUGUGUUUACAAAAUUUAGUGGAAGGUAUAUUACAACCUCUUGACAGAGUGAAGAUAGGAGAAGAAAGAUUGGCACUCUCUCUUGAUUGGUCCAGUGGAACUUUUCCAAGCAAUGAUCCCAGUGUUGUGGUCAGUGAUUCAGCUGGAGUGAUAACCUUGUUAAAGCUGUCUAAUGAGAAGCUGGAGAGCAUGUUACAGUGGAAGGCCCAUGACUUUGAAGCAUGGAUAUGUGCUUUUGAUUAUUGGAAUAGCAAUGUAGUUUAUACAGGUGGUGACGACUGUAGAUUAAAGUCUUGGGACCCUAGAACCAACUGCUCCCAGCCUGUCCUUACCAGCAAAAGGCAUUCCAUGGGUGUGUGUAGUAUCCAGAGUAAUGCUAAGAGAGAACACUACCUAGCCACUGGCAGCUAUGAUGAACACAUCUUGCUGUGGGACACCAGGCUUAUGAGGAGUCCACUGCAGGAUGUUCACAUUGGUGGUGGUGUGUGGAGACUCAAAUGGGAACCUAGUGAAGGGGAACUACUGCUGGCUGCAUGUAUGCACAAUGGGUUUCACAUUCUCAAUUGCAAAGAUCUGAGUGCACCACAGUUAGUGGCAUCUUACAUGGAACACAGUUCUUUGGCAUAUGGAGCAGAUUGGUGUAGGAGUCAAUGGGAUAUAGUCCAAAAUAGCAAUACUGGGUUGGAUACGAAAGAAACCCAGGAACUCUCAGAAACUCUUGGAAAUGUAUCUGUAGGGCAAGAAGCUGCACCAAAUGCUGAUAUGAAUAAGAAAAUUUCUCAUACACUUGCUACUUGUUCGUUUUAUGAUCACAGUAUGCAUGUAUGGAACUGGAAAAACAAACUGGUUUAGUAUGGGAUUUAUACAACUUUAUUAUUAACACCAAUGCACAGUUAUGUAUGAAUAUUGAAACAUCUAGAAAAAUGUGCUUUAAAACAACCAAAUGCAGGAGGAUGACAGUGCACAAAUUCAUUUGGGACCAAGUAAGACAUGUAAUUGGAUCAAGAACAAGUGUUUACUUGUGAGCAAUUCUUGGUAGACUUUUUGCGAAUAAUGUACAUUUUGAUUUUGAACCGACUUUUAGAAACUGAAUACUUGUGGUACGGGACUCUUUAACUUUCGUCCGCUUUACUUUGACUUAUGGAAAAAAGCUAGUUAUAUUUAAAUACUGUAUUUAGUCUUUAGGACUAUUCUCGUAAGUUAGAGGAUAGUAAGUAACAUGGUUUUCCUUUCACACAGCUUACAGUAGCGGUGAACAAAACAGUUUAUUUUUUCGUCAAUUCUGACCAGGUCCUUGGAAGUUUAAAGCAACACCUUGAAAAUGCCAAUAUAUGAAAAAAAAACCUGCAUAACUUAAAACAAAAUUAUCCAGAUAACUGAUUUUU